UUAAUUAGAUUGAAAUAUUCGUUAGAAGUUCGGUUUCGGGCUAAAUAUAUUUCAUAAUUAUUACCUUUAUAUAUAAAUCUAUAUCAACAAUUAGCCAGUAUUCUAUUUAUAUUCUACACAUCAAUCUUUGAAGAUGACAAGUUCAGACAGUAUACUAUUUUCACGUAUAAUUUACUGCCCGUAAAACAAUGAAACACGGGGCCCUGGGAUUAGCAGUUCGUGAAACGUCACAAUUGCACUUCCUCAUUGUUUAUUAAAGGAUUAUUUUUGUCCGUGUUGCUUAUGCCGAUUUCGAGUAUUGUAUUGCUCGAAAUCUAUCUGUCUCGUAGAUAUAAUUACGUAGCUUAUUCGGCGACGGAUUUAAAUUUUUUGCCAUCUUACGUUACACUCUUCUCUUUUAAAAGCGUAGGCGUGGUUCGAGGCCCUAAGCUAUAGUUUGUUUAUGUAUGAACCCGGCUCCGUGUUUAUUGUUGUUCUCGAGUACAUUAAAAAAAUUUAGCUUUUUCUAUUUUAUUUAGAAAUAUGUUCAUCACACGUUAAUGGCAGAAAUUGCAUCUGUAUGAAUUUUAAAUUAUUAAUUUAUUGUUUGCUAGUCGCAGGCUAGUUUUUAGUAGCGCGGUGAUUCCGCAAAAUUUAUAACGAUGACUCACAUACCGUCCUGUUCUUUGAACUGUAUAAGGCCUAUAACGAAAGGGCAUUCACGUUCUGUGGGUUUUGUAGUAGGCCAACUGUUCUGCAUGCUAUACCAUUAUGAGGGGGCCUAUGACCCGGCGUUUGCUCUCGAUUUUUCUACUUUUCCAUCUGCUUUUUACAGUUCAGAGAAUUUUCAGAUACGCGAAUUAAACAAUACAUUUUUUUUAAAAACAAAACAUACUUUAAAAAUUAAAUUGUCAUCACAAACGCGUCAAGUAUUAAUAUAUGCGAAAUUAUUGACGUUAAUGUGUUUUAGAUUGAUACAAAUUGCUAAAUUUUAAUUAUAAAUACUCCACAUACAUAUGGAUAUUGUUAUUGUUAAAAUGUAAUAAUUCGUUCAAUUCGCAACGCCUAAAAUACCAGAAAUACGACAACGUCACACGUAUUUAUACAUAUUUAUAAAGUCUCUUACCCAAAUCAUUUGUGAAAAACGCAACGUACCAUCACCGCGAGACGGGUUUGUUUUAUUUAUUUAUUUAUUUAUUGUUAUUAUUGUUCGAAACACAAUUGCGCGCUGCACAAUAGUAAGCUACGCGUUGACGAUAUUAUAUAAUAGAACGAUAAGCAAUCGAAGAAUUUUAAAUGCCGUUAAUAGCGGACAAUAACACCGUAAUCGCGUUUCGCUCUUUGUUCGAACAAUACCCGAAUGCGCAGUAGGUUUUCGCGUCGUUGCGUUCGGCACAUUCGCACCGUCGGGCGGCGCUAACGUCGCUAACGGUCAUCGACCUUGAACCAAAUCUUUCUCUUCCAAGUGGGAUCGAUUGUGUACCGAGAGAAAGAUAUGAGAUAGCAAAACAACCAUCGAAGAAAAAAACAUCGCAUCUACCAUUUAUACAUUUCGUUUGUCCGAGUGAUCGUAACGAUAAUCCCGUGUUCGGGAAGAUACAAGAAGUAUUGCUGCUAAAGAUCUCAAUGUACAAUAAGUACGAUAUCAAAGUCCAAAGAAUUUGUGAUCAGUCAUGACCUCUCCAACACCCUCCCUUUCUGACAUGCCAGCCUUUGGUACAUCACCAUUAGGUAGCCUUGGAGAACAUAACCAUCUAGAUACUCUGUUAUCAACACAAUGCACUAUGUGCCAUGAAACUUUUACUCUUCCUAAAGUUUUGCCUUGCUUUCAUACAUAUUGUCAGCCUUGUUUAGAGAAAGCUCAAUCUUCAGAUAAGAUCAAAUGCCCACAAUGUAAUCAAGAAUCUUUAUUGUCUCCACAGGGCAUAAAUGGCUUAUUAUCUGAUUAUGCUAUUAGCAAUGUUUUAGAGACAGUUGCUAUGGAAGGUACACCUCUGAGUUGUACUGGGUGUAAAAGUAAAGAAUCAAAUGCAGUAGCACGUUGUUUUGAUUGUGCCAAUUUUCUUUGUCCUAACUGUGUUAUGGCACAUCAGUUCAUGCAUUGUUUUGAAGGUCAUCGUGUUCUCACCUUGGGUGAACUUCAGAAUAGCAAAGAUGAACUGAAAGUUGAAAAACCAGUAACUUGCCCCAGACAUAAAAAUGAAUUGCUUAAAUACUUUUGCAAAACAUGCAACUAUCCAAUUUGCAAAGAAUGUACUGUUAUAGAUCAUCAAAAAGGUCUUCACGAUUAUGAUUAUUUAGCAGAUAUUGGGCAGAAACACGUUGAAAUGAUAAUUCAUACUAUUGAAGAAAGUAAAGCAAAAAUUACUGAUCUACAAAAUGCUUUGAAAACUAUAGAAAAUUUUACAAAUAGACUACAAAUGCAGUAUCAUAAAGCCCAGGGUGAAGUAGAUGAAACUUUUCGAUUCUACUGUUCAAUGUUAGAAGAAAGAAAACAAGAUACGUUAAAAGAAUUAGAAGAAAUUUACAGCCGUAAAAUUUUAUCUUUAACAUUAUUAGAAGAAAAAGUUCAAGAAACAGUUAGCAAAAUUCAUCAGAUGAGCAGUUUUGUUGAUCGAAUUCUAAAAUUUAGUAAUAAUACUGAAAUAUUAAUGUUCAAGCAAUUAUUAGAUGUAAAAUUUCAAACUGCUAUGACUUUUAAUCCUGAAGUUAAUCUCCAAAAUGUUGAUCUGGAAUUUGUUUCUAAUUAUCAGGCUAUUCAGGUUGGAGUACGUAAUACUUUUGGUUACAUACGUCAUGAACCUGAAAAUCAUGAAUCUGGAUCCACUAAGCCUCAACCAAUAGCACGUCCAAAUGGUAUUGUAGGUUCAGAAAGAAGUUAUCAAAAUGGACAUGUCUUUGAAUCAAAUGUAAUUUCUAAACGAUUUAGUUCUGUUAAUAAUCUUGGUCCAUUUCCAGCUUCACUUACUGAUGUAAAUCCGUAUGAAAAAUGGUCUAGUGGUAAUAAUGAAAUAUUUCAAAAUGGUAAUGAUGGCUAUUCAUUAUCAAAUGAACCAAUUGUAGAUCUCUCAACAAAAUUUCAUUCUACUACUAUUUACCCUUUAAAAUCUCAAAUUAAACGUCAAAAAAUGAUUUAUCAUUGUAAAUUUGGUGAAUUUGGUGUAAUGGAAGGUCAAUUCACUGAACCUAGUGGAGUUGCUGUCAAUGCCCAAAAUGAUAUAAUAGUUGCUGAUACAAAUAACCAUCGUAUUCAAAUAUUUGAUAAAGAAGGGCGUUUUAAAUUUCAGUUUGGUGAAUGUGGUAAAAGAGACGGGCAGUUGCUGUAUCCCAAUCGUGUCGCUGUAGUCCGAACAUCAGGUGAUAUAAUUGUUACAGAAAGGAGUCCAACACACCAAAUACAAAUAUAUAAUCAGUAUGGUCAAUUUGUAAGAAAAUUUGGAGCAAAUAUUUUACAACAUCCAAGAGGAGUCACUGUUGAUUUCAAAGGACGCAUCAUUGUUGUUGAAUGUAAAGUGAUGCGUGUCAUCAUCUUUGAUCAGAUUGGCAGUAUUCUACAAAAGUUUGGAUGCUCAAAACAUCUUGAAUUUCCUAAUGGCGUUGUUGUAAAUGAUAAACAGGAGAUUUUUAUCAGCGACAACAGAGCCCAUUGUGUUAAAGUUUUUAAUUAUGAGGGUGUCUUUCUCCGACAGAUUGGAGGAGAAGGUCUUACUAAUUAUCCCAUUGGUGUAUGUAUUAAUCACAAUGGAGAAAUAUUAGUUGCAGACAAUCACAAUAAUUUUAAUAUCACUGUCUUUACCCAAGAAGGGCAGCUGAUAAAUGCCUUGGAAAGCAAAGUAAAACAUGCUCAAUGUUUUGAUGUUGCAUUGAUGGAUGAUGGUUCUGUGGUACUAGCAAGCAAAGAUUACCGUCUGUAUGUUUAUCGAUACAUGCAAGUUUCAGGUAUUUCCUUGUGAGGUCAGAUUGUGAAAUUGGAUAACGUUUACAGCCGCACAAUAGGAAUUCAGUUCCUUUUUAAUAAUAGCACCAACUUCUUGGAGUGGCAAUAGUUGCAUGUUAAGUCAAUGAAUCAGUAUAUGAUUGGUUAAUUACAGUGUUCACAUAUUAAUCAGGGCAGGGUAUUGUUGAGAUAACUCUCACAAUAUAUAUGUGAUCUAAUUGAUCACAUUUUAAGGAAAAAAAAUUUGUUGCAGUAUAAGUUGAGUCAGAUUAAAAGUUUUCAUAGUUCUCAUAACUUGUUGUUCUGGCCUCACAUGUUAUGUCUGGUUAAAUGACCAACAUAUCCAUCCAGCAAAAAAGUAGAUGGGCAAUUGAUGAAGUAUAAAAAUAUGUGUUUGCAUUCUUCAUUGCAAGAUAAAUUUAGAAUCUGAAGGGAAAAUUAAAUAGUUAAGUCCAUUUUUGUUGCCUCUAUUUAAGCACCAAUUCUGUCUGUAGUGAUACUGUUAAACUGGAAAAUGUUGUAAUGCCUUGCUCAUUAAUUAGGAUGGAUGAACUUUAUUCCUUCUACUUGUAUAUGCAACACUGUCAGAUUGAUAGUGUAUCAAAAUUUUUAUCCAUCAAAUUCCUCCAACAUUUUAUGAGAGUUGAAAAUGUUAAAAAUAUAAUCAGCUCUCUUAUUGGUGCACUCAAGUCCAUUACAUCUAUUUAAAUAACUGUUCUUGUAUGGUGGGAGAAGUUGCUGGUUCUAGUCAACAACCAGUACCAGGUUACAAAGCUUCCACUGCUCGUUUUUUGAAAGUUAACACUUUUGUACAACGUUAGAUUUUUCUGACAGUUUAUCUUAUUUAUUGUGGACUAACCUUUUUAAAAGGCAUGCCAAAGAUGCAUGACACACUUGCUGUGAUCUUUGAAUUGUGGGGCCACUUGUUAAAAAAAAAAACUAGUUGUUAGACACACAGCCAAGCAACAUUGUCCUGCCUUAAAAACAAGUGCAGAAUGCAGCUAGGUAAACAACUAUUACUUGCA